UGAACUGCACUGGCUAUGCUGAUAUGAAUGAUAGACUGAGUAUGCUUGAAUCCAAGAUUGUGUUGCUGGAGGAGGUGGGACCACCACCUCUCCUAUUCAGAUACUCCCCAGAUGGGUCAUCAGAUAACGAGGUGGGACUGGGAGCACCCAAACCCACCCCCAUCACUCCCCCCGCAAUCGGACUACCAGGAGCCAGAGGCCUCCCAGGGCCAGCUGGACCCCCAGGUGUGGCGGGACCCCCUGGACUCACUGGAGAGACAAGCCUAGCAGGGAAACCUGGACCCAUGGGACCCAGAGGGCCCCAGGGCCAGCGAGGAGCCCAAGGGGAGAGAGGUGUACCUGGGCCAGCGGGGCCUCUGGGGCCAGCCUCUUCCUUCUCUCACAGAGGAGACGUGUUUGGUCUGAGGGAGCUGGGCCAGUAUGAAGAAGCUGCGCUCCAUUCACAGAACAACCAAAGAGCUGUGACCGGUCCCCCAGGCCCCACCGGAUCCCCUGGUCCCCCAGGCCGUCCGGGACCCACAGGGCCUGCUGGAAACCCAGGUACCCCAGGGAGAAACGCUGGUGUUGGUCCCUCAGGCAAGCCUGGGGAUCGUGGGCUUAAAGGAGACUCCGGUGAAAGGGGACCCCCAGGACUCAGGGGAGGACAUGGCCAGCCAGGUGUACCAGGGCCAAAGGGUGAGCCAGAAGAUACCCAGGCUGAGGGGGAGGGGCUGCAGCAGCUGAGAGAGGCGCUGAAGAUCCUGGCUGAGAGGGUUCUCAUUCUGGAGCACAUGAUCGGCAUUCACUAAAACCCACUAGAAUCUGGUUCUGGCCUGGACAUCCURUCAGACCUGGUGCCCAUGUUUAAAAACAAAAUGGCAGGACCCAAAACCCUGCUCCACUCUCUCACCACAGGAGACAGAAAGCUGAUUGGAGAGGAAAGAGUGAGGAGGAGGGGCAAUUAGAUGGUCCUGCCAAGGGGUGUAGUGGAGCAUGGUUUGUAUAUGAGCAGUGAUUGGGUAAGACUUUGAGAUAGACGUACCAUGUGUUCUCUGGGUCAGAGUGGAUGACCAGUCAAUACUCAUGGAAUCACAGAAUUCUCUUACUCAGAUCCUUGAAUUUGGCCUGUUUAUAAUGUGUGUUUUUUUACAUUGACUUUUAGUACUGUUGUCAUUAUCGUAGUCAUGUUAUUUAAAUGUAAUUGUGUAACUUUGGUGCUGGUACUGGCCUCAACAUGUGGAUAUUCUCAAUGACAUACUCCUGUUGGGAACUGUAGGAUGUACCAAGGGUAAAAGGAGAUACUAUAGCCAGUAGGAUAAAUAUAUUAGUUUUUUWAAUCUGUAUUCAGUAAGAAUAUCAUGUCUGAUUUUAGAUCAUAUCUGUACUGUUUGUUUUUUACAAGACUUGAGAAGAUUUGUUUUCUGUUUUUGAUUGGUUUGAAUUUGAUUUGAACACAACAGGGAAAUAAAUUGGUUUUGUUUCGGUUUUAUAUUUAUAGUAAUGAUUCUGUAUCUGAUGCAGUAGGGGAUAUUGUACUGUAUCUGCCACUGUUGCAUAUCAUUGGAGCAGAUGGACAUGCAUGUUGAUAUCAGAUUACAUCGCCUCACAUGGUUUGAGGUAACAUUAAUUGCUGUAGCACUAGGUAGCGCUUUUGCUUUGCAGUCCUGUUUCAACAAGUAGGCUGGUGUAGCAGGUGAAACUGUUGAAUAGCCAACUGUAAAAUAAAAUUUGACCCGUUGAUCUUACUUUUAGCUUCACCUUUUCUUUCUUUCAGUCUGGAGUUAUUAUUAACUUCAAUUUUUGCAUUACAUAAUGUUUUUUAUGCGCCUGUUGAAAACCACAUUUCUAAAUAGGUUGAAUAGAAUAAACGUGUGUUGGAUUGGAGAUGGAAUGUGGUUGUGUGUUGGAUGCUCUCAUAUGACUGUUUUUAUAUUGGGUGUGGAGUCCUUGCCAACUCAUUUGCAGAGUGUGUAACCAGUUUAUUAUUGCAGCUCAACUGUUAUGUCUUUCCCUACAGCAUGUCUCUGACAAUUUCAUGACUCAUUACUUCAUAUUUGUGUGUUUCGGUUUUUCUUAAUCUUUGAGGAGAAUGGUUCAGUUUUACAGUACGUUCCCUUUUUUAAAGUAGGUGUUUUUUGUUUUCGUUUGACUUGGCACAGUAUUUUGAAAAACUUUAUUUUCAUAAAAUUCACAAAUUUUGACUGAU